GACGGUCAAGGCUACACCGGCGUGCUUGACUGCUUCAGGAAGAUAAUCAGGAAGGAGGGCGCGUCGAGACUAUAUCGUGGGAUCACAGCGCCGAUAUUGAUGGAGGUACCUAAAAGAGCGAUCAAGUUCUCGUCGAACGACACCUUCGGUCCCUUCUACCAGCGACUUUUCCACGUACCAGCCCUUACGCAGCCCCUCGCGGUGCUCACAGGAGCAAGCGCUGGCGCAGUCGAAAGCCUAGUAGUAGUGCCCUUCGAGCUACUCAAGAUCCGACUCCAAGACAAAACAUCUGCUUCUCGAUACAACGGACUUGUCGACUGCUUCAGCAAGGUGGUGCGGCAGGAAGGAAUCUUGGCGUUAUAUAAUGGCUUCGAGGCCACACUUUGGCGACACAUUGUCUGGAACGCUGGAUACUUCGGAUGCAUCUUUCAGGUGCGAGCUCAGUUGCCUGACCCAUCGAAGUCCGCGAACCCCAAAGCACAAAAGACCGUUAAUGACCUGGCCGCCGGCUUUGUUGGAGGUGUUGUUGGUACCACAUUCAACACGCCGCUUGAUGUGGUCAAGAGCCGGAUACAGAGCGUUGCAAAGGUCAAGGGCGUAAGAGGCAGAUAUGAAUGGGCAUGGCCCAGCUUGGGUGUCGUAGCAAGAGAAGAAGGACUGAAGGCGUUGUAUAAAGGUUACGUAGCUAAGAUACUCAGAUUCGGGCCUGGUGGUGGUGUGUUACUGGUCGUCUACUCCGCGGUGGUAGACAUGUUAGGGAAGGUUGCAUAG